AUGUCCGAAGCUGAUAGGAUAAAUCCAACAAAUGCCACCUCUCCCGCAAUAGCGUCCCUCCGAUCAGAUUGUAAUGCCGCCUCGAUAAUCAAUCUCAAGGAGAUGUCGGCAGAUCUACCUCCCUUAGAUCCCACCUCAAUCCGCGGUUCUGGUCGCGUCGCGAAUGCUUCCGCAACUGACGCCGCCGCAAACGCCUCCGCAGACGCAACGAGCCCCGCGACCGACGCCGCCGCCAGUGGCGACGCAGAUGGUGCCGCAAUCGGCGGCGCCACAGCAUCGGAAGGUCCUAUCAUGGAGCCUGAUUCGGACGAGCGCGUGUGGCGCAAGGUGCCGUUGGCGCAAGGAGACUCGGACCCCCAUGUGUGGCGCAAGGUGCUGUACCUGCGGCAGCCGUUCGACGACACGCACACGGACCCGCGCACCUUCCUCGCCGACAUGCGCACCAACGCCGGCGUCGUCAAGCCGCGCUACUGGUCGCUCGUACGGGACUCCUCCGUGCUCACGCUGCAGGUACGCCUCUCUCUCCGCUCCAGGUACACCAUCCCCCUUCCCCCCUUCCCCCCUUCCCCCCUUCCCACUUUCCCCCCUUCCCCGCUUCCCCCCUUCCCCUCCCCCUCCCCCUCCCCCUCCCCCUCCCCCUCCCCCUCCCCCUCCCCCUCCCCCUCCCCCUCCCCCUCCCCCUCCCCCCUCCCCCUCCCCCUCCCCCUCCCCCUCCCAUCUCACUCCCCUUACCCCUUACCCCCUUCCCCGUUCCCCCUCCCCCUAUUCCUGCGCUCACUUCCUCUCCCUCACGAUCGGACGUGUGUUCCACACCACACCUCCUUCCACCCCUUCCUUUCCCCUCGCUCCCACUCUCACAUGUUCCUCCUUCCGCCCUGCUCGUCGUCUCUCUCGUCCGUUGCAUCCCCUCCCACCCCUCUGUCCCCAAAUAUUCCUCAUCUGCGCCCCUACCCUACGCUAUGCUCCUCGUCUCCGCCCUCACGGUCGUCUAUGUCUUCCUCGACUCGCAUCGCCUCUCCACUCGGACGCUCUUCCUGCUCGAUUCACUCGCACAUUACACAUACCCACUGUCUUCCACCCACACCACCCCCCCUCCUUUCUCGUCUCCCGCCUCCAUCCGAUUCCCAGACGUUCCUCGUAUCAGCCCUAGUCGUCGUCUAUUUCUUCCUCGACUUGCAUCGCCUCUCCACUCGGACGCUCUUCCUGCGCGAUUCACUCUCACAUUACACAUACCCACUGCCCUCCACCCACACCACCCCCCCUCCUUUCUCGCCUCCCGCCUCCAUCCAAUUCCCAGAUGUUCCUAGUAUCCGCUCUGGUGGUCGUCUAUUUCUUCCUCGACUCGCACCGUCUCUCUGCCCGCACUCUCUUCCUGCUCGACUCGCUCUCCCUCGCUGCCGGUGUGCUGCUCUCCUCCCUCGCCUCCCUGCACCUGCAGCGCCACACACCAAGGGGAAAUGGUCUUCCCAUUCUCACAUGCUCCUCCCAUUUCCCGCCCAUCCCUCCUCCCAUUUUCAGAUGUUCCUCGUAUCUGCCCUGAUGGUCGUCUAUUUCUUCCUGGAUUCCCACCGCCUCUCCGCCCGCACUCUCUUCCUGCUCGACUCGCUCUCCCUCGCUGCCGGUGUGCUGCUCUCCUCCCUCGCCUCCCUGCGCUUACAGCGACACAAACGCCUGCGGCAGCACUUGAAGGGGGAGCAGAUGAAGCAGCAGCAGCAGCUGAAAGGAGGAAUGUUCCCCCCAUUCUCACCUGUUCCUCCCAUUUCCCUCCCCAUUCCUCUCAUCCCCAGAUGUUCCUCAUGUUCCUCGUAUCAGCCCUGGUGGUCGUCUAUUUCUUCCUCGACUCGCACCGCCUCUCUGCCCGCACUCUCUUCCUGCUCGACUCGCUCUCCCUCGCUGCCGGUGUGCUGCUCUCCUCCCUCGCCUCCCUUCGCUUACAGCGACACAAACGCCUGCAGCACCACUUGA